CGGGCCGGGGAGGGAGGGGAUGGGCCCCGCCCGGGGAGGUGCCGGCCCACACUUCCUCAGCCCCGAAGAGGCGUGAGCAGCGGCGGGAGCAUGGCCCAGCGCCGGGAGCUGAUGGCUCUGGGGUGGUACCAUGACAAUCUCACCCGACAUGCAGCAGAAGCACUGCUGCUCUCCAACGGGAAGGAUGGGAGCUAUCUUUUGAGGAAGAGCAAUGAAAGGGAAGAUCUGUACUCCCUCUCUGUAAGGGGAAAAGAUUCUGUGAAACACUUCCAUGUUGAAUGUACAGGAACUUCAUUCAGAUUUGGAUUUAAUGAAUUUUCUAGCUUGAAGGAAUUGGUCAUGCAUUUUGCAAACCAGCCUUUAAUUGGAAGUGAAACAGGAACCUUAAUUGUAUUGAAGCAUCCCUACCCACGGCAAGUGGAAGAACCUUCCAUUUAUGAGUCUGUCCGUGUUCACACUGCAAUGCAGACAGGAAGGACAGAAAGUGACCUUGUCCCAAAUGCUCCCUCACUUGGUACCAAGGAAGGAUAUUUGAUAAAACAAGGCAAAAUAGUCAAGAGCUGGAAGACAAGGUGGUUUACACUGCAUAGGAAUGAACUUAAGUACUUCAAAGACCAGACAGCUACGGAACCAAUUCGAGCACUUGACUUAACUGAAUGCUCAGCUGUGCAAUUUGACUAUUCCCAGGAAAGAGUCAAUUGUUUCUGUUUAGUGUUCCCACUAAGGACAUACUACCUGUGUGCAAAAACUGGGAUAGAAGCUGACGAGUGGAUUAAAAUCCUGCGGUGGAAACUGUCACAAAUACGGAAGCAGCUGGAGGAGCGCAACGCCACCCUCAGUUCCUAGCAGUGUGCCAGCACUCCUGCUCCACUGGCAGGAAUGGCCUCUCUCCAAGGGGAAGCCUCUUACCAGUGGGCAGCCUCACGUCUCCAGUGCUGUCUGUGCCCCCACACAGAUGUCACCCAGCCCUGCACACACGGGAUCCUGCAGCUCUGGGGCCGCCGAGUCACGCGUGGGGACGGUUGUACAAACAGAGCAUGGGUUUAACACGCGUGCUGUAUGCUUGUAACACACUUAAUCCAAACACCUGCCAACUAAUCACAGAAGUGGUCACUGUUCAAAACUUCUGUGGUUAUUCAGAGCACUCAAUAAUUUAUUGCAAGCUCCAUCACAACAAAGGAUCAGUAUCACGUUCUGUAACCUUGAACCUUUUAUUUAAAAGAGGUCCUUUCUGGAAACAUUGUCUUUUUAUUACCUGUUUAGGCUUUAAACCACAAGAAAAAUGAGAGAAUUACAUGUUGUAAAUAGUAUCUAUAUUGCAAUCCAGAAAGUAGUAUUUCAAGACCCUUUUCAAAGUGACAGAUGUGUGACACUUAGUUCUGGUCCAACAAAUUUUUAUAUGGUUUAUCUUUAUACCACAGUGAUGGCUACAAGGGAAUGGUUGUUUCAAACAGCAUCUGUAGGUAAUGGUGAGCAGCAUCAUGUAAGCACACUUGUAUACAGCCAGGGUUAUGAGAAACAG